UCUCCCAUCUGAUCUGUGUCACACAUUUUGUCAUUGAGGCAGCAGGACACUGGUUCAUGUUUCCUCCUUCAUUCACACAGAGUGAACCAGCAGACAUGGGGUCGGGAGAGAGCACAAGCAGGAGAGUCUCUUUCGGGGUGGAUGAUGAGGACAGAGUCAGGAUCCUCCGCGGAGUCAAGCUUUCAGAAGAUGUUCUCCAGAGGAUGAGAGGAGUGGCCAACAUUGCUCCGGAACCCAAAUCCCCUCCAACCUCAAGCCCUCAGAAUGACACAGGUGCUCCUCGCAGCCCCAGCUCAGGCUCUCGACCCCAGCAGAACCCUCAGCCCCAACCUGGUACUCAGUCCAGCACCAGCAAACCGGCCUCCUAUGCAAAGGAAGAACAGAAAAGGUAUGAACGGCAGCAGACGAUACUGAAGGAGGAGUGGGUUAAAGCGGCACAAAGAGAGAGGGAGGCAGCAAGGGAGGAGAUGACUAAAGCCAUGACCCGGGAAAGACAACAGAAACGCCAGGAAGCCGAGAACUUCAAAGAACUGGCUCAGCAGCUACAGAAGAAGGAUUUACAGCUGAAAGCGUUGGAUGCCUUCUACAAGGAGCAGCUGGCACAGCUGGAGAAGAGGAAUUUGGAGAGAUACGAACAGAGCAAGGACGAAUUCCACAAAGCUGCCUCCAAGACUGAAGCAAGCGUGAGGUCUCGCAAUACCGACCCGGUGUGUCUUGGCCUGCAGGCUCAGAUCCUAUCUUGCUACAGGGACAACAGAGAGCAGACCCUAAGGUGUUCCGACCUGGCCAAAGAAUACAUGCAGUGUAUCAAUGCUGCGAAGAAGAACCUGCUGGUCAAUCACGGCUGAAGGGCGAGAGGAAAAGGGCAGAACAGUUAUCUGACGUAGGCUUUUACUUUGGCGCUAAGAGCGGCGCUUGUCGCUUUCCUGUUUUGAAUUAUGAGAGAGUGGAUUUACUGUUAGCAUGCAUUGUUUUAAAAACAUUCACAUUAUGGUAUUUAUCUGCGGUAUCAUCCAGUAAAGGAUGCUCUGUUAUUCUGCACUGCUACGUUUUACAGGGAAGCUUUUGAAAGAGAAAUUAUGUGCUUAUUAGAUUCUUGGUGCACUUUCAGUUCAGUCAUUCACAUGUCCAGAAGAAAGUAUUUCAAAGAUGUGAGCUGUAAAGAUCCAUUCAGGGUCAGUCAUCCAUAUUCUGAAAUUCAGUUGACGUCCUUCUGCUUCUUUUGUUGGGAUGAAAAACAAGAAAAUCAUUUCAGGUGAGAGAUGAAUCGAGUGCAUAGGACCGUCCGGGUUUUGGUGUCUGACUGAACAAAAAGAACUGAUUAAGUUUUAUUGUUUUUGAGCUUCAUGGUUUUUGUAUUUAUUUUUAACAACACAGGAGUAAAAGCUCAGGUAAUCCUGUCCAUGGCUUAAAUCCAUCAGACCUGUAAUGUAUGAUUUUAUUAAAGCAUUCAUAUCCUGUGUC